AUGCCGUCUGACAGCAAGAGACGCAUCAAGUGCGAUGAGACAAGACCAGCAUGCCUCAAGUGCGUACAAGCUGGGUGGAGGUGUGAUGGCUUCGCUGCCUCGCAGCCAGGACCCACCUCCUCUGCUGUGACUUCUAAACCCUCCACUCCAACGCUAGCGAUUACCCGAUAUUCGAUCCCGUUCCAAGUCCCCGGAUCACAAAAAGAUCGCCAACUGUUGCACUACUUCUGCGUGCAAGGUUCGCAAGAGCUAGCUGGAUUCAUGAAGUUGGAUUUCUGGACUCGUACCGUGUUUGAACAGAGCCACCAGGAAGCGACCGUACGGCAAGCGCUGGUCUCUCUCAGCUCAUUGCAUCUCGACUACACGACUGAUUCUCUGACGCACGGCGGCAUGGCGCGAGAUGACACGCUUGCACAGUAUGGCAAAGCGCUUCGUAUGCUGCAAAGGCGAAUGAAAAUGCCAGAUGCAGAGGCCACUAGGACAGCUCUUGUCUGCUCGGUACUAUUCUAUUGCUUCGAAGCAACGCUCGGCAACAGUGAGGCUGCCACACAUCACCUUCAAGGUGGAUUGAAUAUGCUGUCGUCCUGCCGUGGUAAUGGCACCGAGCAAACCGAAGAUCUUCACGGGAUCUCGCUGGAGUUUGAGCGGCUGGACUUGCAAGCUACGCUUUUCUACGAUCAGAAUGUCCCCCAUCUCGUACUCCCACUCCCACUCCCACGGGACGACGAUGACAACGAAGGGUGCGGCAUGCGGCCUUUCCAACGCCUUAGCGAUGCUCAUCGUGCUCUCGUCAAAGCGAUCAGUCGCGGGUGGCGCCUGAUGUGCGACAACGUGGAUUACAAGUUUACUUCAGCAGAAGGUCUUGCGGAACCGAUUCUGCACGAAAAACGCAACCUUCGAGAAAACCUUGUGCAAUGGAAGACUGCAUUUGACAACUUCAAGCGGCGUCCUAGUGCAGCCGAUCAACCAGGGUACGCUCAGCAGAUCCUUGUGAUCCACUGGCACAUAGCUCUGAUGCUUCUCGAUGCCGUGUUCCCUGCCGACCUCGAUGUUUGGGGCGCUUCACCCAAUCCGCGCGCCGUAGAGAUGGUACAGUUGAUAGAGGAUAUCCUCGACCACGACCACGGCCACAGCAAAGCGUCAAGCCCGGCGUCUUCGACUUCUUCGUCUUCGCAGCGCAUCGUGACCUCAGAGAUGGGGAUCAUCGCGCCGCUCUUCGCAGUGGCACUCAAAUGCGCCGAUCAAGAAGUAAGCAAUCGGGCGUUUGAGCUGCUUCGCUCAACGCAGCGGAGAGAAGGUUUGUGGGAAGCUUCGCACAUGGCAUCUUUAGUCUCGAAGCUGAGAGAUGCAAGGGAGCUGCGCUAUGCACCACAAGGCGAAGCUGCACUUGCGGAGGCGAGGAAGCAAUCGCUGGAGAUGUUGUUUGAUCAUGAACUCAGCAGCGGGGGAGGGCUGAUGAACGUCAAUAUGACGUCUACGUAUUUCGAGAAGGCGGUUGAGGCGCUGUACGGGUCCUUUGAGCAUGUGGGAGGAGGACACGACGAGGGCGAUGAUUUACGAGCCGAGUCAUUGACCUGA